AUGGUCGCGGACUCGACAGACCUCCGUUGGAUGGCAACAGGCCUGAUAUUAAUCGUGUCUUUCGCUGGUGUUGGCUUCCCAUUCUUCGCGAUGCGUUCCAACGAGAGGCUGUUCGAAGCAGUAUGGUUUCAGCUGAUGCGAGUGCUUUGUACAGGCCUCGUGGUUUCAGUUGCGCUGUUGCACGUACUUGCAGACGGCGAGGAAUACUUGCGCAAUGUUUCGACAACUUAUCCCGUGGCAGAUGCUGCAGCCCUUUUCGGAAUCUUCGUGAUGGUUGCUGUCAAGGAGAUGGGGAUGAUGGCUCUGAAGUACGUGAAGCAGCACACCACUCCAAACGGAAACGGGCUCGAAGAGGGUCUUAUCAACAAGGGAGUGGAUCACGGCGAGUUUGGGCACACACACGGCCUCCCGCUCAUCGAGCUUCACGACAUGGACUUGUCAGGCCAGCCACUCAGGCGUUUUGUUGUCUACAUGAUGGAGGUCUCAAUCAUGGUGCACUCUGUACUUGUUGGCGUGGCAUUGGGUGUAUUGCAAAGGCGUGUCGCAGUUCUGUCCUUGACUGCAGCACUCCUGUUCCAUCAGUUUUUUGAAGGCCUGGCACUGGGCGCCGUGGCUGUGAAGAGUGGUUUCAGCUUCAGGGGCUCAUGGCACUUGUUCCUGACCUUCACGUUCUCAUGUCCCAUUGGAGCGGUCCUCGGGAUAUACUUUGCAAAGCAGUAUGACCCCGCGGACCCCAGAACAGCUUGGACCCUGGGAAUGCUCAAUGCACUUGCUGCUGGCACGUUGCUUCAUAUAGGCCUGGUGGAACUACUCCCGGAAGAUUUCAGGGAAUGCAAAGAUUGUCACAACCAGCCUCCUCGCUGGGCGAGCUUAUUGGCUCUCUUCUUCGGCGGCAUGAUCAUGGCAAUCUUAGCGAUUUGGGCCUGA